CUCAGGUCCCAACCCACCACUGCCCUGAUCCUCCCUGGAUCCCGGAUGUUCUGUGUUUACCUGUGUGGUCAUCAUGGUUGUCCCAUGGUGAAGAGAUACCUGUGGGUGAUGCCCCUUGCUCUGCUGGAGACGAAGUGCAUGCAACAUAAGUGUGUGUCCAGCGGCUGCAGAUGGUCCUCACCUCCUUCCCUGCUAACUUCUUUUCUCCACAGCAGCAAGAUGUCAGAGGUAGAAACCACUUUCUGUAAAUUAAUAAUAUAUGGUGAAUCUGCUAGUGGCAGCAACAUGACAGGGAAAAACUUCAAGCUGUGCAAAGGUUGUAGGGUGAUGGAUGGGAAAGCCAUGACCAGCACUGACAUUGACAUCAUAUUCAACAAAGCUGAGACCAAAGGUGCUUGUGCCAUCACCUUUGCUGAGUUCCAGCAGGCCAUAAGGGAGCUUUGCAGCAAGCACUUCAAGGGAAAACCACCAGAGGAAGCUCUGCAGGUUGUUUAUGGCCUCAUCAAGGGAAAGGAUCCCAGCAGAGUGGGUGCUACAGUGAGUAUGAGUUUCCUCACCAAUCCUGCAUCUAGAGCUGCCCUGGAACCAUUUGUCCUUACUGUAGGGACACAUGCUGUCCUCAAACAUAAGGAAAAGCUUGUCUGUGAGCUGUUUCCUAACUCUUGCCUGCUGACCUCUUUUCUUGCACAAAGCCACCAAGGUUGGUGGGGUAAAAGGCUGACAGACACUAGCAACUACACUGACAGCCACAAAGAGUGUUUUGAUGAGAGUGGCAAAAAGAACGGUCUUGUUGGCCACCAGGAUCUGACGGACAAUGGUGGCUAUGCAGUUGGAGCCUACACAGGAGCUGGCUUUAUGACCAGAUGCAGUAGGACUGAGACUGCGUAAGGAAACAAAGGCUGUUCCUCUAUAACAUGGGAGGAGGGGCAAAUAAACAUCCCAAGCAACCAACCUUCUGUGUGCAUCCCAAGUCCUACAGGGUGAAAAUGCAUGGAAUGGACACUCAAACGAUGCUGAGGAGUGACUCAGGUUCCCCAGCCAACUACAUUUUGACUGCUGUGUGGUGGCAUUAAACCCAUAGAUAAGCUAGCCUUCUGGAAGAAAUUCUAUGGGCCAGCUAGCACUGCUAUCACACUGCUUUGCAUUUCCAGUCACGUGAACAGCAGGUUAGUCUGAAUAGUCACUCAUUAUUUUGUCUCCCCUCCCAACAUGCUACACUUUUUACUGUGAUUUUUGACUUGGGGAGAAGCAUGUGCGUUUUUUUGUACAUCUACACUAGGUUACGUUUGAGGUGAUGGUUUCUGGUGGCAGACAGCCUACCAGUGGUGCCUGACCACACCUGGAAGAGCACUCUUACAGGGUAUAGGAUGCAACACAUACUACACUGUGGAAAGGGGAGGGGUAUCAAUCACACCGGUUCAUGCUUUUUUCUUUUUCCUUCCCCUAGCUUAAACUGUUUCACCCAUUCCUAGCACUUGGCAUGGUCACUCAUUACUAUUCCCCCAGGCUUCAGGAUGUGGGCUGCUGUGGAAGAGUUUGUGAGUCUGUGGCUCUAUUGUCCUGUUGCUUUUGAGAUCCUCUUGCAAAAAACAUGGCUGAGAAGCUGCAGAACUCUAUGACAGUGCCCCAGAUCCAGUCACAGCUGUUUAACUGUUUUCUGUGCUUUGGUGUGUAAGUCAUAGUCCCUUGGUCUUCCCAGGAUGAAGGGCUGACUGAUUUCUUCCCCACAAUACAGUACUGCGUGGGAAGCAUAGCUGGUGCAUGCUACAGUGUAAUCAAAGAGAUGGGUUUGAGGUUCUUCCAGUAUUUUCCACACCCCCUCACUCCCAAAGACUUACUACCACAUGAUGGAUAGUAGUCAGCAGGGUCCUGCUGAUGCUUGGUGGCCAAGCAGAAAGGCUUACCAGCUUCAUUGGCCUAGCAGUGUGCUACCACCAAAUAAUGCAGUUUUCAAGCAAAAUAUGCAGGCACCAGCAGCCUCCGCCACUGUAUCAUUGUCCAGGUUUGCUGUGGCAUCUCAUGUGUCCAUUUCUUCUUGCUGCCCUUCAAACACCUUUGGACAUUUUCAGUUUGGGGGCCAGGAAGAAAAGGACUGCCCUCAACAACCAAGCAAACCUGGAGUAUAUUUCUGUGUUCAGGCCUCAUCUUCCUUGUAAUUAAAUGACUCAAGAAAUUGCCCACAUACAGUUCUGCAAACCAACACAGGAAUGUGUUAUUAGUUGGUUGUGUUUGGUUUUGUUUUUUGUUUAAAUAUGUAGCUGGCAUGGAAAGUGCUGUGGGAACUUUGGGAACAAACCGAGAGCUUUGUACUUGUGCUUGUGUAGUGUGAGCUCUGGUUUGCAUUAACUCGGGUACAAUGUGACACUGGAGGGUGAAUUUCUGAGGCAUGAUUCAAUCUGUACUUUAUCCUCUAAUCUAACUUUUGUAGUACUCCAGCACCAACAAGAAUCACUACUUGUCCUGCCUAUUCCUUAUAAGUAGAAACCACAAAAAGAUGAGGAAUGCCACGCUCACUCCCUAUGGCAGCUACAGAGAGGACAGAUAAAAAGGAAGUGAUGGUGGACUGAAGACUUUAAAAAUAGUACCUGAUUACUGCAUGCCCCUGGGGAA